UUAGCUGCAGAGAUGCAAGUUACAGCUGCACUGAUUCACCGCACAGAAGAUACUCUUUGUGGAUUAUUAUAACAUGGAGCUGGUUGUUUAAACCCCAGUUUACUGCAGCCAGGGAAUAGAAUCAUUUUUAAGAGUUUGGAAUUGGGAGAACAUUUUAUCUUCUUUCUUUUUUUUUUUAUUCAAUUCCAUUGUUCUCUAACUGUGUUAACCCAUGGAGAGUUGCGACCUUAGUUUUAUCCCUUUCCUGGUGGAAUUGUUCUGUGUCUGCUGGGUGAUGAGAGUAUGAAGCCUACAGGAUGGGAGCGAACAAUGGCAAGCAGUACGGCAGUGAGGGCAAAGGCAGCUCAAGCAUCUCAUCCGACGUGAGUUCAAGUACAGAUCACACGCCGACGAAAGCCUUAAGGAAUGUGGCUACUAGCGAAGACUCGGACCUGAGUAUGCGAACACUGAGCACACCAAGUCCUGCACUCAUAUGUCCCUCAAAUUUGCACAACUUUCAGAAUGGGAGAGGUUCCUCCACAUCUUCCUCCUCUAUCACUGGAGAGACAGUUGCAAUAGUUCAUUCACCACCCCCCACACGCCUGACCCAUCCUCUAAUACGUGUUGCAUCUAAGCACCAAAAGGAACAGGCCAACACUGACCGUCUGCCUGAUCAGUGCAUCAUCCAGAUAUUCUCUUACUUGCCAACUAACCAACUAUGCCGCUGUGCUCGGGUAUGCCGAAGGUGGUAUAACCUGGCAUGGGACCCUCGACUGUGGAGGACUAUUCGGCUGACUGGAGAAACUAUAAAUGUGGACAGGGCUUUAAAGGUGCUGACCCGUAGACUUUGUCAGGACACACCCAACGUCUGUCUGAUGUUGGAGACAGUAAUUGUUAGUGGCUGCAGGCGGCUCACAGAUAGAGGACUUUAUAUCAUCGCCCAAUGUUGCCCAGAACUGAGGAGGCUAGAGGUUUCCAACUGUUACAACAUCUCCAAUGAGGCUGUCUUUGAUGUGGUAUCGCUGUGUCCGAAUCUGGAGCACUUAGAUGUGUCAGGUUGUUCUAAGGUAACCUGUAUCAGCCUAACCCGUGAGGCUUCCAUCAAGCUGUCCCCAAUGCACGGCAAACAGAUAUCCAUUCGCUAUUUGGAUAUGACAGAUUGUUUUGUCCUGGAGGAUGAAGGUCUGCACACCAUUGCAGCACACUGCACUCAGUUAACUCAUCUAUACCUGCGUCGCUGCAUCCGCAUUACUGACGAAGGCCUCCGAUACAUCAUGAUAUACUGCACGUCCAUCAAGGAACUUAGUGUAAGUGACUGCCGCUUUGUAAGUGACUUUGGCAUGCGUGAGAUUGCAAAGCUGGAGUCUCGCUUGCGGUACUUGAGCAUAGCCCACUGUGGUAGGAUUACAGAUGUGGGUAUACGUUACAUUGCCAAGUACUGUAGCAAGCUGCGUUACCUCAAUGCACGAGGAUGUGAAGGCAUCACAGACCAUGGGGUAGAGUACCUUGCCAAAAAUUGCACAAAACUCAAGUCAUUGGACAUUGGAAAGUGCCCUUUAGUGUCUGACAUUGGUCUGGAGUUUUUGGCUCUGAACUGCUUUAACUUAAAGCGUUUGAGUCUGAAGUCAUGUGAGAGCAUUACUGGACAGGGACUGCAAAUCGUUGCUGCCAAUUGUUUUGACCUUCAGAUGCUCAAUGUGCAGGAUUGUGAAGUCUCCGUAGAUUCUCUAAGAUUUGUCAAACGUCAUUGCAAGCGUUGUAUUAUUGAACAUACAAAUCCUGCCUUUUUCUGACUGAACAUAUGUUGGGAAAAAAAAAAAAUAUGUCUUAAUUAUCUAGAAUCCUAUCUUAAAAACCGUGAAACGAUGACUAAAAGACAUAUAUACAUGUACAACAAAUUAUCUUUAUGAUUUUCAGCUUUUUAACAUGUGUAGAAGGAAUAAGCAAGCCUUAUUUGUGUAAUUAUUUCAAUCUACAACCCAAAUAACUAGCAACAGAGGCCAUGUAAUUAACGUGCAUUAACCAUUAAUGCAUAAUAUGCGUGUUUGUGAUUACACAGAUGAAAGAAAUUUGUGUUUUUAUACAUCUGAAUGUCAGUAUGUAACAAAAAUGUUUUGUCUAUGUCUGUUUAUAAUACAGAAAAUAUCUCCAAUUGUUUUUUUCUAUGCAUUGAAUGAGUGUAAAAAAUGACUGGGGGGAAACUCUAGCAACUUAAGUGCAGGUGGCACUUGUCUUUAUGCUAUUGGACAAAACUUUACCAGAGUGGUUACUACUCAUCAUGAUACCUUACUAUUCAGUGAAUGCACAUCACUUCUGUCACAGAUUGCAAGAAUGUUUUCGCUCCAAUAUGGUGGAAUCAAGUAUGAAGAUCUGGAGCUUGACCAAUCUGCACCAAUAAAGGGUUAAAAUAAGAAAGUCGCUUUGACGAGAGCUGCUCGCACAGAAAGAAAAACAAUAUCAUGGUGAGCAGUAACCAUGCCAUUGUAGUUUGUGCCCAGUAAUUAAAUGUCCCUUUAAAAUGACAAUGUAAUAAUAUUACAUUGAUAGUAAAAGUUGUUAAAAAAGAAAAAAAAUACAUCUUUUUUAAAGUUCUUUGUAUACCAUAAAGUACUGACUUAAUAAGCCUUUUCCCUUGUACUUUUUAAAUAAAGGAAAAUGCUGAUAGACCAAAGUGUAUCACCUUCUGCACCUUACUUACUAUCUCAUUAUUAGGAAUCAACUCAUUACGUCUUUGUUAUAUACACAUUUAUUUUAUUUAUAUAGAACAUUUGAUUUACUUUUCAAAUAAACUAAUGAUGUAAAUAUAGGUGUUUUUUCCCUAUAAAGUAAUUUGGCAAAUAUAUUAAACUAUUUUGGUAUUUUAUUUCCCCAGGAAUUUUGUAAUACCCUUAAAACGCCUAUAUAAUAAACAUAAUUACAUGCUCUA